AGAGAUUUUAAUAUGCGUAGUAAUAUAAAGUAGUGCAAGCACCUGCUAAGAAGAAAAUUACCAAAAGUGAACGAAUUUGUUGUUAUAUUCAUCAAAAACUACAUAAAAUCUCAAUUAAAACAAUAUAAAAACAUUAAUCAAUCAAAGACAUGAAGCCAAGGGAGCUAUAGACUGUUGAAUUAUUGUUGAAAGAGCCCAACUGGGUACAGAAGCAACAUGAUGGAGAAAUACGAAAAACACGGCAAGAUUGGUGAAGGAUCUUAUGGAGUCGUGUUUAAGUGCCGAAAUAAAGAUACAGGGGCAUAUGUGGCAAUUAAAAAAUUUGUUGAGUCGGAAGAUGAUCCACUCAUUAAGAAAAUUGCUAUGCGGGAAAUAAGAAUGCUUAAGCAAUUAAAACAUAUCAACUUAGUGAAUCUUAUAGAGGUAUUUAAACGCAAGAAACGGCUACAUCUAGUGUUUGAAUAUGUCGAUCACACGGUGCUAAACGAACUAGACAGACAUCCGAAAGGGGUGCCAGAAAUACAAACUAAAAGAAUUAUAUAUCAGACGUUAUGUGCGGUACAGUUCUGUCAUCAACACAAUUGUAUUCAUCGAGAUGUUAAACCGGAGAACAUCUUAAUUACAAAGAAUGGAGUCGUCAAACUUUGUGACUUUGGCUUCGCUCGGCUACUUACUGGACCAGGGGAUGACUAUACAGAUUACGUGGCGACACGUUGGUAUCGCGCCCCCGAGCUACUUGUUGGGGACACCCAGUAUGGCCCUCCUGUUGAUAUCUGGGCUAUAGGUUGCGUAUUUGCAGAGCUCCUAACUGGACAGGCGUUAUGGCCUGGGAGGUCAGAUGUUGACCAACUGCAUUGCAUCAGGAAAACUUUAGGUGAUCUACUUCCGAGACAUAUGGAAAUAUUUUCAAACAAUGCCUUCUUCAAGGGUCUUGUGAUUCCUACCCCAGAUAGACAUGAACCUUUAGAAGACAAAUUCCCUCUGGCAUCGCCACAGGCCAUGAGCUUCAUGCACGGCUGCUUUGCAAUGGACCCCCAGCAGAGACUGACAUGUGAUGAACUCCUUGAGCAUCCAUAUUUUGACAACAAAGGCUAUGGUAUUACGCAGUAUAACGAAGACCACAAGAAAGCAGCCAAGAAACUGGAGGAGAAGCGACAAAAACAGCAAUCUAGAGGGCAUCAAACUUUGCCACAGUUAACGAACAACCACCCGGCCCAGUCUACCUCCCCCGCACCCACGUUGCACAAACCUCACACCCAGGUUCACACAGACAAGAAGAAAGCAAAGCCAGAUAAACAAUAUCAUGAUACCCACUUCCCCAACAUUUGACUUGUUGGUCAAGGGUAUUCACGUUCUGAGGGAGGAGCCCACGAACCAAAAUAACAAAACGUCGAAGCCUGGAGGCCGGCCAUUUUCAUUAAGAAUAUAUCAAACUGUGUGCUAUUUUCAUUUGCUAAUGACGAUUAGGGGAAAUUUGCUGCAAAUACAGACUUAUUCAAAGCUGGUUAUGUGAUAGGGUAGGAUGCCUCUAUAAAAUAGAUGGGGCAUGUCAUGGAUCGUUCCACAUGUGGUUGUCGAAAUAGGACAAAUAUGUAGCUAUAGAUCGAUGGCAAUAAAUACCAAACAGCUUUGUAUUUAGCACCAUACUCCCCCUUAAUAUUAAUCUGCAUUUUUGAAUGCCACAGUUUUACGAAGAAGGAGCAUUUUUAAGAAAGUGUCGUGUGAUGUGUGCAUUUCGUGUGAAGUAACUAAUUGCACCUUUUAAUUAAUUUAUUGAUAAUAUUACUAAUAGUAGAUUGAAAAAAUCAACCCAUAAAAUUGGGUAUGUUCUGAGAUUCUAGUAUAUUUGAUGAUAAAGUUAAAGUUCAAUUUGUUAGCUAUUUGGAGAAUGAAAAUGCGGGUAUUAAGUUAGAUGAUUUUUAAUUGAAUCUAAAAUUGAGAUGUGAAGAAGAAUUAUCUUAAGAAUAGUAUAUAUGAGUACAUCUACUUUUAAUAAUAUUUCAUCUUUAAGUAUAAUGUUUGCUUUAUCUGGAUCAUUUUGAAUUGGGGAUAUAAAAAUGUGCCAUUUUGGAGGAAUUUUAGAUUAUACAUGUACUUGGGCAUGCGAUCUUUAUGCUAUCAAUGGUGUUAUGAUUAUAUGUGUAUAUGUGAUAUUUAGACUACACAAAUAAAUGACAUCA